CAUCACCUCGCAGAGAGACCAGGCGAAGCGUCCUCGCCGCCUCCUGAGCAGACACUGUCCGAUCAGAGAGAGAGGGAGGGAGAUAGAGGGAGGGAGAGAGAGAGAGAGGGAGGGAGAGAGAGAGAGAGGGAGUAGUUGUCUCUGACAUUAUAGAGACUCCUACCACGUAGUGUAGGUUACUUUUUUUCCUCCCGGCGACGUCCUCAGCUAAGUUGCGCUCCUGGAUUUUAAGUGCGUCUUGGCUAAGUCCGUCCCCAUCAAGCAGCAGCUUCAACCCCUCCUGUCAGUCGGCCGGACCAAACAACCGGCGGACCGCUUGUUGUAUCUUUCACUUCACCCGGACAAGAUUUCAUGCGAAAUAAAGUACGGAUGCUGGAAUCUUUGAGUUGAUUGGAACAAAUAGAAAGCAGAAAAAAGACAGAUAAAGGAAGAGCAGAAGAGUGAGGAGAAAGAAGAAGAAAGAGGAGAGAGAAGAAAGCAUAAAGUUCUUUAGAAAGAGGAGAGAAAGAAAGAGACUGGGACGAUGGGGAGGAAAAAGAUUCAGAUCACGCGGAUUAUGGAUGAACGCAACAGACAGGUGACAUUUACAAAGAGAAAGUUUGGCCUGAUGAAGAAGGCGUAUGAGCUGAGCGUGCUGUGUGACUGUGAGAUCGCCCUGAUCAUCUUCAAUAGCACCAACAAGCUGUUCCAGUAUGCCAGCACAGACAUGGACAAGGUCCUGCUUAAAUACACCGAGUACAACGAGCCCCAUGAGAGCAGGACCAACUCCGACAUUGUGGAGACAUUGAGAAAGAAGGGCCUAAACGGCUGUGACAGCCCAGACCCCGACGCAGACGACUCGGUCGGCCACAGUCCCGAGUCCGAGGACAAGUACAGGAAAAUAAAUGAGGACAUUGAUCUGAUGAUCAGCAGACAGAGACUGUGUGCAUUAAGCAAGAAGGAGAACAAAGGCGGCGAAAGCCCGGAGCUCGAGUCUGCUCUCAUCCUCUCCCCACGCACUGAGGAGAAAUACAAACAGAUUAACGAGGAGUUUGAUCACAUGAUUCAAACUCAUAAGAUACCUCAGGCCGUGCCCCAGUCGAACUAUGACAUGUCUGUGUCCCUUCCCGUCAGCAACCAGAACAAUCUCAUUUACAGCCAUCCCGGUGGUUCCCUAGGCAACCACAACCUGUUGCCAUUGGCGCACCACGGCCUACAGAGAAACAGCAUGUCUCCCGGAGUCACACACAGACCCCCCAGUGCAGGUGGCCUCAUGGGUGCUGACCUCACCACUGGCGCAGGCUCCAGUGCUGGAAAUGGAUAUGGGAACCAUCGCAACUCACCAGGUCUGCUGGUUUCUCCAGGUGGCAUGAACAAGAACAUGCAGGCUAAGUCUCCCCCGCCCAUGAAUUUAGGCAUGAACAACCGCAAACCUGACCUACGUGUGCUCAUCCCCCCUGGCGUCAAGAACAACAUGCCCUCCAUCAACCAGAGAAUAAACAACUCUCAGUCUGCUCAGUCAUUGGCCACCCCAGUGGUAUCAGUAGCAACCCCCACUCUUCCGGGACAGGGCAUGGGCGGUUACCCGUCUGCCAUCUCUACUUCUUAUGGUACCGAGUAUUCCCUGAAUAGUGCAGACCUGUCCUCCCUGUCUGGCUUCAACAGCGGCAGCUCCCUUCACCUCGGCUCAAUGAGCGGGUGGCAACAGCAACACCUUCAGAACAUGCAGCAUUCAGCCCUCGGCCAGCUAGGAAAUUGCUCUAGCUCUCACUUAUGUCAGGGUUCAAAUCUCUCCCUGCCCUCUGCUCAAAGCCUGCACAUCAAGUCCGAACCUGUUUCUCCUCCUAGAGAUCGCACCAGCAGCACGGGGGGCUACGGUGGGGUACCAACUCCCCAGAACCCCUCGUCCCGCCAGGACUCGGGACGCUCCCCCGUUGAUAGCCUGAGCAGUUGUAGCAGCUCCCAUGAGGGCAGCGACCGUGAUGAGCACAGGAAUGAGUUCCACUCACCUCUGGGACUUGCCCGGCCCACCCUGGACGAGCGCGAGAGUCCCUCCAUCAAACGGGUGCGCCUGUCAGAAGGAUGGGCGACAUGAUAGCUCUGUCCUCUCCCCGGCAGUACCCCGAGUUACCCCGAGCCCCCGACAACGCAGCAUUACGAUGCCCCCCCAAGUCAGAUCCUCUUCCUCCUCUCACCUGAUAUCACGAGUCACUCAACCACCCAACCCCAAGGCCUCUCUCCUUUUAUCUUGUUAACGCCGAAGGAAAUAAAAGGGACAGCCCUUUUCUAAAAUAUGUUUGUAAUUUCUUUUCCUUUUUUAUUUUCUUUUUGCUGAGUGUGUGUGCUAUACAUAUUGACAUUAUAUAAACCAGUGGGGUGUUGUAAUGGGGGUUUGGGAGGGUGGGUGUGGGUUGGGAUGGCAUCUGGGGGUAUUUCUGUUGGGGAACUAUGCAUAAAUUGUAUUGUGUGUGGAUAAAAAGAAUCACGUAUGCAUAUAUAUUUACACGUGUGUGUAUGUGUACAUAUAUGCAUAUCAACAAAUAAACAAAAAAAAUAGUCAGGUACUCUGUUUCAUAAAACGUACUUACACUUUGCCUCAGCGAUAUAUAUCAGUGACUAGAGACAAAAAAAAAAGACAAAAAAAACAUGAACAUGAGAGUGAGUGUGUCCAAUGGAAAACACCUUAGCACUUGAGUUGGACAAACAAUACAUGUGUACAGUGUCGGUUUCAUUGCUAUAUACCUUCUCUGCAGUUCUCCCUUGCAAAAAUGUGUGUUAACAUUAGAUGAUGUCAUGUUGCAGGUUCAACGUAUUUAUGUAAAUAGAGGGUCGAGGGGGGAAGGGCAGGGGUCAAAAGUUGCCAGACAUUACAAGAUUUAUUUACUCACUAAAUGAAAAAGCUAUUAUGCAACAUUUGAAGAAUUGUACAGGUAAACAGGCAGACCCAAUGCUAGACACGUGGAACCUUUGAUGAUCUUAGCGCUCCCCUUAAACCAACGGAGCCGAACGAGGACCAGCCUUUGAUCUAAGAGCUGCGUUCCUGUAAUCAAGAAAUCUCUGGAUCUAGUAUUAAUAUUCAGUAUUAAUAAACAAAAAAAAGGAAAAAUAAAAAACAAUUGUACGAUACACUUGCUUAUAUUUUCAUAUGAAAGGAAUACAAUGCAAAGCAUUUUUGUGGCUUUUUGUAGUUUCUAUAAGCCAGAAUGUGUUUUUUGAUAGCUUUGCUAAUAAGAGACGGAUAGUUCGCCCAGAGGGGAAUUGACAGGUCGUCGCUGCCCUAAGCCAUUAAAGACAGACUGAGAUCCAAUGCUUUGCUGAACUGUUUUAUCUUUGUAGAGGUUUGUUUUUAAACGUGUAUUUCUAAUUAUAUAUAAUAAUGGUAAUAUUAAGAUUCUUUAAAAAAAAAAAUCUGUGAAAUUAACAUGCUUGUGUAUAGCUUUCUAAUAUAUAAAUAUAUAUACUAAUUUUUGUUGGUUUCUUAGUGGAGUUUCUAUGUGCAGUUGCACAUGUUGUCUGGUUUGUUUAAUUUGAGCCCUGAACAGUGCUGUUCAGGCGUGUAUUUAGUCUAACCUUCAAAAACCAGCUGGAAAGCAUUGCCGGGGUUUGUGUGACGGAGGGAAAGACAGGCCUGAAUGAACACAACCUGUUAGUGGAAAAUGUCAUGAGGCUGGAACUGGGGAUGACACAAGAAAUAAAAGUUGACACAUGAUGUACAUGAUUGUCAUACUGAUGAGGAAAUAUGACUGACCCUCCAUCCAUGUCUAGAUGCAUUUGAAUGCAUCAGAUAUUUCAUUCUUAGCCUUAAUUAUCUAAUUUCAUAAUGUUAAUCUCGUAAAACAUGUUAUUGACAAUAGCGAUGUUCAGUUCAAUUUCAAAUCUUAGCUUGUGUUCCAGAUGUUGCACCAGCCCUGAUCCAAUCAAUAACAUUUUUUUUAUUUUGAAUCAUAUUUAUGUAAUGUAAUUUUAUGAGUGCAUUGUGAUUAAUUACCCCCGAUCAUUUGCAAACCUAAUUUGAUUCGGAGUCGUCCUGUGACUCCUCAUGUUCCACUCUUCAGAACAGGGUUCCACAUCAUUUACCAGAUGUCACACGACAGUUCAGCAUCAGAUACACAAGGACAAAUUGAUCAUGCUGGUAUGAAAGAAGCACAAUUGUUUAUUUUAAAUAAAUAGCUGUUUUGAUUUACUCUUUUUUAAACAAUGAAACUAGCCACAUAUCUCUCUGCCUCCCACUCCCGUAUCUGCUGUCACUUAAGUGUUAUAAUAUUUCUAUGUGCAUAUUUCAUGCAGGUUCACUAUGUUGUUACUGUAUACAGUCUGUGUAGUCAAACAGGGGCAGAGCCUCUAUAAUGGUGUUCUUCUCUCUUUUUUUUAAUUCAAUACAAAAAGGUUGGGAAAAAAAAUAAACAUGAUGUUUCAGGCAGCAAAACGUGUGGAGAAACCAAAGCCAGUGGCAUUUCUGUGUUGUAAACUCAACUUUAUUUUCACAUUCAUUUAUGGUUUUUGCAAGCAUUGAAACAAGACAAUAAAAGAAUUUGCUCAAA